AAAGAACUUGGUCUAGAUAAAUGUCUUAAAACAGAAAACUUGGAUGACUAUAUGACUCUCUGUCAUGAUCUUGAACAAUAUGAUCCAGAAAAGAGGCAAGAAAGACCAAAAAAAGACUUAGAGUUUAGAGAACAAGAAGAGUUAGGAAUGGUAGUUAAAACAAGAGCUAUAGCUGUACAUCGUGCAAAAGUUCCUAAAUCUCAUCCAGAUAAUGGAAGUGAUAUACGGAAAAUGUUAGAAAGCCAAAGAAAGCGGUUUAGGAAAAUACUUGAAAAGAAAUUUGAUAAGCGUGGACAAUUUAAGUUCGCUCUAUGUUCUCUUACCAAAUUUCUUAUAGAUGAUAAACCUAAAAAUGAAAAACAGGGAAAAAAGAAUUCACAAACUGACUGGCUUAGAAAUACACAAAUUAUAGUUUAUAAUAGAAAUGAAAUAGUUGAUUACUUAAGCAGUGCUUUCAAACAGAUCCUAUACCAAGUAGAGGAGAGAGGAG